AUGGCUACCCGGACUAAUGCCAUUGAAUCCUCCAUCAAUCGCCUCCAAGAGCUCGGAGUGAAUUUUUUAGCAAUCGACUUUGACAUGACGAUCCUUGACACGCACACGGGGGGACGAUGGGUCGGAUCAUUAGAGGAACUCUUAGGACACGUACGACACGAAUUCAAGCAAUUGAUUACGGCAUCCCUCCAAAAAAAUAUAAGAGUUGCAGUGGUCACAUUCACUGCUCAAAUAUCGUUUGUCAAAGGAGUAUUGGAAGCAAUUGUAGGUCCUGAAGAAGCUGCAAGGAUACCAAUUCGUGGGAAUGAUCGUACGUGGAGCUACCAAGGUAACGGUUCACGGGACGGAAAGCAAGCUUAUAUCGCAUCUGCCGUCGAAGAAUUAGAACAAUCGGGAGAUGCUAAGAUUACUAAAAGCACUACGGUGUUAAUUGAUGACGACCGAAGAAAUAUACAUCAUGCACUUUCCGAUGGCACCCGUGCAAUUUGGUUCAACCCUGACAAGCCACACCACCUUCUGCGGGACUUGGCGCGUCUGGUAUAG